AUGGCAUACAUCGAUUGGCUAAUUAGCGUCGCGUUUAGUAUGUAUAUGAUCAGACACCAGAUCGGCGGUACGAAGCAUAUUCCGCAAAUCUCAUUUGAAGUUGUUGGGUCUACUGGCAAUAUCUACGAAACGGUUAUCGGUAAAGUCCCUACCUGUAACUGUCCGGAUGUCAUAUUCCGGAAGACGCAGUGCAAGCACAUCUGCUUUGUUCUAUCUGCGAUGAAUGUCCCUAGGCAGCUGAUGUACCAGCGGUCAUUUUUGCCAUCCGAGCUACGCGAGAUGCUUGCUGUAUUAUCCUUGAAACGGACCCUGGACACCACUACCCUUACUUCCGCCGGCAAAAGGGGGCCUAUCGAGGACGAAUGCCCAAUCUGUUUCCAUGAUUUCGAGACAGACAAGAAAACUACGUGGUGUCAGUCAUGCGGCAGCAACUUUCACAAGGCUUGCUUUAAGAAGUGGGAGGCAACUAUGGAUGCGUCCCACACUGUCGUUCGUUGUCUCUACUGGUAA